ACAGGGAGAUCGGGGGAUGACAGUAAAAGCCGCAUACAAGGCCCCAAAACACUACCAGUCAGACACCAGGAAGAACCCACACAAAUACCAAACCAACCAGUUAUACUACAGCUACAAACUACUAUUACGGCUACAAAGCACAGCACAGUGA